AUGUCUCUCGUGCCAAUCCGUGCUCCCCCAACCGAUCUUGGGGCCAUUGCCGCUGAGGAGGCGCGCUGCGUCUUCACCCGCUUCACCGCCAACACGGCUUGGACUCUCGGUAGCUUGCUGCGCGAUCGCCUCCGGCGCGGGUCGACAAGGCCCGCUGUGGUGAACAUAACGCUUGCGAACAGCGACCAGCUGCUCUUCCACGCAGCGUCGGGCUCUGGCACGGGUCCGGACAACGACAUCUGGGUGGCGCGCAAGCGCCGUGCCGUGCUCCGCUGGGGCGCAAGCACCUGGGCGCUGCACAACAAGUACAAGGGUGAUGAGGCGGCGUUCGCGGCCAAGUUCCAGCUAGGUCCGCGUGGCGGCGACUAUGCCAUUCACGGAGGUGGUUUCCCCGUGCGCGUGAAGGGCGUCGAGGGCAUCGUGGGUGUCAUUGUGGUGAGCGGCCUGACGAUGCAGGAGGACCACGAGGUGAUUGUAGAGGUGAUCGAGGAGUAUUUGCAGAAGGUGGAUGCUGGGGAGAUCCAGGAUUGA